AUGAGUUCACACGGAUCAAGAUGCGUAAGUUGUAAUGAAAAGAGGAUUCUUAAACAUGGGAAUGGAGAUUUGUGCACGAAUUGUUAUUCUGCAAGAUUUCACUACGUAAACAGUGGAAAUCGCGAUAUUGAUGAUUUGAUAAAGGCAACGCACAAGAAUAACCCUAAAUUUAGGUUAGAGUGGAUUCCAUUUGAAGAUUUCACAGAUGUCCAACGAAUUGGAGAAGGUGGAUUUGGUCAUGUAUUUACGGCCAUGUGGACAAAAGGAAAAAUAGAAAGUUGGAAUAGUGUGAGUGAAGAAUUUAAUCGAGCAAGUCCUGAAACUGUCGCUCUAAAGAUGCUUAAGAAUUCCAAAGAAAUUAACACAGAAUUCUUGAACGAGGUAACAGAAAUUUUGAUUAAAUCUGACCGGCAGUAUAUUCUUUAA